CAGAUGAAUUUACGCAAAUGGACUUGAGUUUGUAUUUUCUAUUGAAAUUUGCCAUUUUGCGGCAUAGAUUGGAUGUUUCUUUAGAUCCUGAAAGUGAAAUAUAUAAAUUUUUAGAAGAAUUAUUUCCACAUGAUAUAUCAAAACUUUAUAUCAUUCCUAAUAAGCCUGGAAACGAUCAAAUCGAAUACGCUUUAGGACUCAUUCAUCAAAGGAGCAAUCUGAUGCAGAGCUUAUUGAACAAGAAUAUGGUGACCCUGAAGAAAUACAUGAUAAACUACAUGAAUAUAUUAUGUUCAGAUAUGAACGGCUUGAAUAUGAGAGAAAGUAUUUAAAAAGACAAGAAGUCAAAUAUGACACUGACACACAAAAUCCUGAAAAUAACAAACAAGAUGAAGAUCAGUCUGUUAAUGAAUCUGAUGAAGAUGAACUAUCACAUGACACUGAAAAGAUAGAAGCAGAAUCUAGCAAUGAAAAUAAUGAUCCAAGAGAUAGUAAUCAUGAAGAAGAAGAAGACGAAUUAUCACACGACACUGAAGAAAUAGAAGCAGAAUCUAGAAAUGAAAAUAAUGAUUCAAGAGAUAGUAAUCAUGAAGAAGAAGAAGAAGAUGAAUUAUUCGAUGAAAUUGAUGAAGAAAAUACAUAUAAUGCUGAAGCACUACACACACAACCUACUAACGAUGAUAAAGAUGGAAAUGAUCAAAGUGUUUUAAAAGUUCGUGCCAAAAGAUCUUUUAUGACCCCUGAUCCUAAUGCUCGUAAAUUAACUGCUGAUGAAGCAGGAUUUCAUGAAAAUGAUUCAGCAGUCAAGUAUAAAAAAUCGAAAGUGGACAACGUAAACAGUAAUAGUGAAGAUGAGGAUGAGAAUGAGAAUGAUAGUUUGCAAUUUGUAGAUGAUGAAUACAAUUUUGAUGAAAAUAGUGUUUCUGAGACAACUUUAUUUACGCAUGUGAAAAAAAAAAGACGUUCUACAUCGGUAAAUGAUGAGGAAAUUGAAGAAAGUUCGAAUUUAUCAUUAUCAUCACAAGGCCGAAGAGUUUUAAAAAGGCCUAAAAUUGAUUCUGAUAAUUCGGCUGAUUCUGAAGAAAGUGCUGGUGCUGGUGAUUCUGAUAGUGAUGCUGCUGCUAAUAAUGCUGAUGAUUCUGAUAAUUCUGACGAUGUUGAUGAUUCUGAUAGUUCUGACAAUUUCAAUGAUUCUGAUAAUGCUGAAGAUGUCGAUGAUUCUGAUAAUACUGAUGAUCACGAUUAUAACAACAGAAAUAAUAAUAAACAACAAAGUAAAUCUGGAUCUACGGUAGAGUCAUCAUCUACAGUCAAUAGUUUAAGUCAAAAAAAAUCUCGUCGUGUUUUACCAACAUCUUCUACGCUAAAUAAUUCUAAUGCGAGUACUUCAAAUACUGAGCCACCUCAGGGAUAUUAUGUUAAUACUAAAGGGAAGCAAGUACCUUUAGCUAAAAAAAGGAAGCAAAAAUGUUUAUGGACUGAAGAAGAGGUGAAGGCAUUAGAAGAAGGGAUGGAAAAACAUGGUACUUCUUGGUCCCAUAUUGGAGACGAUAAAAGGUUAAAGAAUCGCACAGGUAUGCAAAUGAAAGACAAAGCAGUAAAUGAAUGCAUUAGGAGACAUAAGUUAGGUCUCCGUGUGGGUAUUUUUGAGUUAGUAAACUGGAAAGUAAAGAAAGCUGAAGAGAAGUAAUAUUACUAUGCAUAUGAUUAUUAAUGAUAUUAGUGUGCAUUUUAUUUCUAAAAUAAAUAAAAUA